AUGGAGAUGAUUACCAAUGACAUGUAUCAGAAAGCUGAGAUAGCCUGGUUCGGCCAUCCUCUCGUGGAAGCUACCAUGAGCAUCGGCAGGUUUCUCACUGAGGCGGAGCCGGAUGCAGUUCAGGGUUACGCGAGCAUGCUACAUCAUCUACUGCGCACGCGUCACUCAAUACUGGCGACGGACGUAAACUCUCUCAUAGACUACGCCGACAUGUUAUACGAACACGAAGAGGGGUAUAUGCUGUUCGAAAGCCUUAUGGAGUUCGAGAUUUAUCCUAAUACUACCGACCGCACCGGUCGCCAAGUCUGCGACUUCCUCAUAGAAAGCUUCCUCCGUCCAUUCCGGCGGCUGUACCACUCGGAGCGUCGGCAAGCGUUGCUGGACUCCAUCAACUAUGCGCUGAAGAUACGCUUCCCCGAGUACAGCAAUAUGAGGAGAUCUAAUGAGAAGGGGCUCGCGGGGGGAAGAGAGAAAAAACACAAGCGACCUCGGCACCAAAAGAAACACAGAAGGCAUCAUAGAAUAAGAAAAAAACAUGAACGAAGAAACCGCCAUAGAAAGCACAGACACGCACACAAACAAAGAAUUUCACACGCAAAAAGAAGAAUUAACGACAAACAUGAUCAUUUGAAUAUAAAAAGCACCCAUAAGAAACCAAAAGUAAAUGUUAAGAGAAGACACAACACUACUACAAAAACUAAUUUUGAACGCAAAACAAAACAUAAAAAAAGUCAUAUCCGAACUACACCAACGUACAAUAUAAAAACUGAAAAUUACAGACGAUUUCAAAAAGCAACACAACAGCCCCAAUUUGUUUUUAAAAAAGCUAAAUUCCAAAACAUAAGACCCAAAAAGCAGACUUCAGAGCUAGUUACUUCAAUAUAUCUAUCAAAUAAUAUUGCUAAAAGUAUAGAAAGAUCGAAAUCAGUAGAAGAAUUAUUGAAACAUGAUGAUCAUCUCAGCCUUAGGAAGUCAAUGCAUGAAAAUAGACCAACUCUAUUGGUUAUCCAAUGGACCGGUGGGACGGGAGCUCCAUCCAGCGUCUAUAAAAAUUAUUUGAAAAGGCAAAGGACAAAAAUAAAAGCUAAAAAAACUGAUGUCAAUGAAGACAGUAACAAAUUGCCUUCAGACAGGAUACAUGGCAUUCAAGAUGAGAAGGUUGAGCAAAAUCGAAGAUUACAGCGGCUUCGCAAAUCAUUACCCCUAUACUGAUACUCGAAGUUAUUUUCGCAAUAUAAUUAAAAUUGUGUUAAGUCCACAU